AGUGAUAUCUAUAUCACUAACAUCAUCUCUACACAUUUUUUUUCGAUUUUGUUUUAUUCGCAUCAUUCCAGAAGCAAACAGAGCAACUCUCUACGAGUUCAACAUUGGAGUUGUGUGCACGUUUUUGUGUGUUUAAUAUUACUGCAGAGAAUUUUGAGUGUAUUUAAAUAGUUUGGAAUAAUCAGAAGAAAUGUCUAGAGUAGUAAGACGAAAACAUGUUUUAAAAGAAAUGAUGGAUGACAAUUUGGACUUACCUGAGGAGCGACAACAGAUUGUGCGUGUGGUUUGCAGUCGCGGCAAUAAUUUGCAUGAAGUAGAAGCACCGGAGCCGACCUCAGAAAAUUUUCUUGUUUCCAUGCCAACUAAAUUUAGAAAAAACGUAUGGGUUAAGCGUGGUGAUUUACUUUUGGUGAACCCAAUUGAUGAAGGUAGCAAGGUGAGAGCUGAAAUUUGUAAAAUUCUUACACAAGAACAUGUUAAAGAGUUUACCAAAGCGGGCGUGUGGCCUAAACGUUUUACUAAUAAAAGACCGUGUGAUAAUGAUGAUGGUAUUGAUAGCAAUGCUUGUGCUCAGCAGGACGGUGCAAACGGUGACGACGACUUAAUGGUACCAAAUCUAAAUCGCCCUCAAAUAUACGAAGACAGUGACGAGACGGAGGAGUCUGACCAUGAUAUAUAAAACAAAGAUACUGACAACAGUGAAUAAUUAAGAAACAAAUUGCAAAGAUGUCUACAUGACACAAUAUGUGAUUGUGUGGCGCAAUAUGUGUCAGAUAUCAUAGUCUUGAUUUUUGUACCUGUAUCGUCAGCAAGAAAUAUGAAGUAGAGAAAAUUAUGUUAUUACUGUAUUAGGUCUACAUUACGAGUUUUAUGCGAUGACUUACAACCAAACCGACAGACCCCAGCUUUUAGUAAUAAAAAUUGAAUGCCAAUGACUUGAACACGAAAGCCACUGCAAUGAUGGAGUACCCUUACUUCACUGGACCUAGUUUCUCAGCAAUUUUGUUUUUUAAAAAAGCGACAAUUUACAGAUUUGGAAAAUCUUUUGGACUAUAGACUAAGAAUAAAAAUAUUCAUUUGUAUUAUAUGGUUUUUAAAUUAA